AUUAAAUAAAUUUAAAAACGGAUUAAUGAUGAAAUACUUAGUCCUAACAAUUUGCACCAUGACUGUAUUAGGAUUCAUUAAACCCUAAUAUGACUCAGGUAUUGAUUAGAGUUUACAUUGGGCAUAAACUCCCUAUCAUGCUUUAUAAUAAAGUGUUGAGUAAUUCAUCCUUAUAUACAUUGAUUAGAGUGGGAAGAAGUUUCUAAACAUUAGUCAAAUUCAAUAAGCCAUUCAAAUCAACACCUACAGUAAUAUUAGCACCAAUUAAAUAUGAUUUUGGAGAUGGUUUACCAUAAGGUUUCGAUAUUUAAUUGACAUCUGUUAAUACAGUUGGUUUUACUAUUACAUAUGUUGCAUUGACACCUGCUACAAUCUUUGGUUUUGAUGUUUCUUGGGCUGCUAUUUUAGAUAGCAAUAUCUAUACAUAUGAAUUGCAAACUAAUAAUUUACCUACUGUUAAAUCAAAUAAAGAGGGUGCCACUAGAAUAUAAAGAUUAGAAGUAACAUUCCCAGAAAAUUGGUCACUUAAAACUCCACCGAAUAUUGCUCUAUUCAUUUUAGGUCUCAAAAUGGUUGAAGCAUGGCCUAAAAUUACUGCUGAAAACGUAGGUACUACUAAAACAUCCACAUAAAUUAAAAUUACUGUUGGAGUAAGAGGAACUUUAGAAUUCAUUAGAGUUAAUAUGAUUAUAGGUGAAAAAGAUACCUUAUUAGUUGGAACUAUUAAUCAUAAAACUACAGGAGCUAAAGAUCCAUUAAAUAUUAUCAAUCCUGAAUCAGAAAGAGUUUAAAAAUAUGAUGACAAAAUUACUGAUAAAGAUUUCCUUAAAACACCUAGAUAUUCAUUAUAUGGAAUCAAUGGUUUAUAUUAUAACUAUGGUGCUUUCUGCAGAUUUUUAACUAAAAAUUAUUUACUUGUUAAAGAUUAAAUCUCAGUUGAAAUUGGAACAUGUAAUUCUUAUAUAUUAUUAUCAUAAUCUAGGGUAGAAUUCAUAAUUAAUGGAAGGAUCUAUUUAAUGGUUUGUUUAUGUUCCUAAACCUGAUGCUGGUGUUUCUGAUCCUGAUUGUGCUUAAGUAUGGGAAUCAUGCAACUAUCAAGGAGAUUCAUUCACUGUUUGUGAUAGAAAAAUGUCAUUCCCUAAAGAUGGAUGGAAUAAACCAGUAAUCAUAUUAUAUAUUCUAGGUUAAAAGUUUCAAAGUUCCUGAUGGAAAAGUUCUUAAAGUUUAUAAUGAAGAAAACCUUAAAGGAUUAUCAAUCAGAAUUGAAAAAGAUUUACCAUGUAUGGAAGUACCUAAAUUCUCCUUCUUACAACUUGUAGGAAGCUUAGGAGAUGAUUAAUUUUGGGAAAACGACUGAGACGCUAUAUCAUUAAAAUUACAUUCUAUUCAAAUAUUUUU